AUGGCGGGUGCAUAUGGCACGUGCUCUUCUGCGGCGUCUGUCGCCGGUCCACGUCUUCACACAGGCGCGAAGCCAGAGGACCUACCUGGCGAUGGACGUUGGGAAAGGCUGCCCCCAGCUGCUGCUAGUUGUUUGGCCAGCAAUUUCAGUCUGACGGAAUUGCAUGAGUCUUGGCAGACGAGCCGGCAGUGGCAGCGAAUCUUGUGGUCGCCUUUGAUGGAGUCGGAGUUGUGGACGCGUGACGUGGGAGCUCGGCGGAGGAGCCGGACCUGGAGAGUCCUGCUGCUGGACGGGUCUUCGACUCAGAUGAAGACCCCGCCGAAACCCGCCGAAGAACCAGAUGAAUUCGCCUGGCCAAGGUUGAACACCAAGGUGAUCCGGCACGACUUGGCGCGCACGUUGCCCUCGGAGGAGCUCUUCCGAGAGAAAGACGGCAAAGGGCAGCAAUCCUUGUUCCGCAUCCUGCGUGCUUUGGCCGUGCACUUGUGGGACAUUGGCUAUGUUCAAAGCCUAAACUUUGUAGUCGCAACGCUGAUCGUUGUCCAGGGCCAAGAUUUCGAUGUCGUCUUCCGCUGUGCUCAAGCACUUCUUUUCCGCCAUUCUCUGGCUGACUUCUACAGGCCGCGCUUCCCGAAGUUGGGCGUGACGGUGGCUCGGUGGGGGUCGUCCGUGUCACGGAAACGGUGGAGACCGGAGGUCCGAAACGGUGGUGAAGAAGCAACAUAA